AUGGACGAGGGAGAGACAUUGCCGGUUCAGUCGCCUGAUCGUGUGCAAACGCUGCCAGUACAGACUCAGGGGCAGAUAGGAGCCCCACCUUCACACCUGGUAUUGAUUUCCAAUGAGGCCCUUCAGGCGCUCAUACGGGCCGCUGGGGCCAACCAAGCGGGGAAUGACGCUAGCAUGACUAGAGAGCAGAAAUUCAUCAGGGACUUUAGGAAGCAUGACCCUCUGACCUUCGAAGGGAAGAAAAUUGAUCCAAUGGCAGCAGAAGCAUGGGUAGAAGUGAUUGAAACCACAUUUGGGCAUAUGAAUUGCCCUGAGGAUACGAAAGUGAACUGUACCUCCUACAUGCUCAAAGGCGAGGUACACUUUUGGUGGAAAACUGCUCAAAGGACGUUGAAGGGUGGAGAGAAAGAUGAGGAACCAAUCUGUUGGCAUGAAAUGAAGAGGGCGCUUUUCCACAAGUACUUCCCACUGGUGAAUCAGUAUCAAAAUGAGGCCGCCUUCCUAAACCUGAGGCAAGGAAAUAAGACGGUUGAGGAGUACGAUUUGGAGCUGACCCGAUUGUCCGGAUUUGCACCAGAGCAGGUCGAUACGGAGAAAAAAUGGAUACGAAGAUUUAUUGCAGGUCUUCGAGAGGAAAUCUAG